UGUUUGGCGAACGGCUGUAACUCAGAGCAGUUUCUACAGUUUACAGCUGGUCAGCAGCUCACUAAUAAGGUUAUACGGCUGGGAGAAACCUUACAGUUCGGCAUGCUGGAGUUCUUGAAACCUUCGUGGAAGAUCUUUAGAAGAUUUAAUUCGAAAAGACAUUUUAGCAGAGUGACGUUACCUGAUGUCAUCCGAUUUCAAGCCCCAGCUAUCGCCACUGCCAUGGCCUGAGGUGUUUGUCUACUGGGUGCUCUCGCUGGGCUCUCAUCUUUACUCUUUUUACCAGCUGCACAAGUUCUCCAAAGAGCAUGAAGCGGGAUUGCAGAGAGAGUUCCAGUUGGAAAAUGGCAUUUUAAAGGGGCUUAAAAGGGACCCGUCUGACUUUGAAUGGAGUUUCUGGACUGAGUGGGCCAAAAAGUCUUUACUGUGCACUCUGGUUGGUCAUGGCAUAUUAUCAAGACUGACCACCUUCUUUUACCCCAAGCAGCUUAAGGUGCUUACCCUCACAGUAUACGACUUCUUGGCAGCCAGCAGCGUGUUGGGCUUUAAAGGUGUGAGUGUGCUGCUUCUACACGUGUCUGUUGCCUUCUCAGUGGCCCAGCUGCGAAAGCCUUCUCUGGCAUGGGUCACCAACCUUCUGCUGCUCUCCACCAUUUACAUUCAGCCAUUACAGAACAUCCAGAGAGGCUGGUACAGCACAGAGGAGGAGUACUACCUGCUACUCUUCAGCGUUGCCGUCUGUGGCCUGCGAUUCAUCAGCUUCAGCCUGGAGCACUGCUGGAGCCCUUUAGACCGCAGUCGAGUGGUGCAGCUCUUUUGGCUGUUUUCAUACACCUUCUAUCAUCCUUUUUUCUACAAUGGACCCAUUAUCACUUUCAAAGCCUACACUGAGCAGAUGCGGAGGUCGGCUGAAGGGAACAACAGGGAGGAAUCUGUUCUUAGCUACGCACUGGCCAGAUCAGGACGGGUCUUACUGUGGUGGUGCCUGGCAGAAUACAUGAUCCAUGUCAUGUACAUGCACUCCAUUCAGUCUAAUGAGACUUACAUGGAAAUACUUCCUCCCUGGGCCUUGGGUGGUCUGGCCCUGGCUCUUGUCCAGUUCUUCUACGUGAAGUAUCUGGUACUGUUUGGAUUUCCAUCCAUGCUUGCUACUUUAGAUGGACUGGUUCCCCCAAAGCUUCCUCGUUGCGUCAGCAUCAUGUACAGUUUCACAGGGAUGUGGAGGCACUUUGAUGAGGGGCUGUAUCGAUGGCUCAUCAGAUACAUCUAUGUGCCACUGGGUGGUUCUCGCCAUGGUCCUUUUUACAAAGUGUUAUCUACUGGCUUUGCCUUUGGAUUUGUCUGCUUCUGGCACGGUGGCCUCGACUACUUGCGCUACUGGGCCCUGAUGAAUUGGGCUGGUGUUCUGGUGGAAAAUGGCAUCAAAUCUCUCUUUGCCUUAUCCUGCCUUCGCUCCAUAGUUGAGCAGAAUUUUUCCAUGGGGGUGCAGAGGCGCUGCAUCGCCCUUCUCUGUGCCUUCUCGACUGCCAUGCUCAUCCUAUCUAAUCUGGUGUUCCUUGGGGGAAUACACGUGGGCAGAAUCGUCUGGAAGCGCGUCUUUGUUCAAGAUCGAGCGCUCUUCGUGCCCUCCGGUGUCUGCGCACUCAACCACCAACAGGGCCGAGCUGUUUGAUUACCGGUGGUCCACCAUUGCUCCAUCGAUGCUUGCUUUCCUCUACUGCUUUGCUCAGGUUGGACUUGAGCGUACUUCUCUCGCACCGUGAGUCACCUUGACUUUGUACAAAAGCGAGAAUCCCUGCUGCCGGACAACCAGAACAACCCGCUGGCUGGAUAGCCGCAGCAACCGGAGCCUUUGUGGCAGACCUGGCUGACAGCCACCUGAAGUGUCCAAACAUGACUGAAGUUCGGCUGCUUUCCACAGCCUGCGGAGCUGCACAAAAGUCUGUGUGGACUUUUCAUGAAAAUGUUAGGAAAUAAGAGCUGCUGUAUUUCAAGGCAGUUUCUAUUACACAACCUUGAGUAAGCCAUGUGAGACCAUAAAACCAAAUGUUGGGCCCUGGGUCUGUCUUUGUUAUUUGGCUUUGAUAUGAUAUUGCUUAGCGGUGCAGUUAAUUGGAGAAAUGUUUACUGCUGUUUUCGAAGUAUACUAAAAGCUGCUGUUUUGGCAGAAGCAGACGAAGAGAGCAGUAGUCACCUGGCCCAGGUUCUAUAUAGAUGUAGUUUUGAUGUAGCAGAACUACAAAUAUCAGAUAUGAAAUCAGGGCAGUGUAUUUGUUAUAUUCUCCAUUACACUAGGAAAAUUAACCUUCAGACUCACAUGUCAAUAGAUGUUAUGUAUGUAGAUAUCAGUUUGUGGUAAAAACUGCUAGAAAUAUAUAAUAAUUAAUCUGCUUAUGUCCAUAUUUGAAUAAAGGCUACAUAAAAAAAUCU